AUGCAACUCCAAUCCCACUCCACCCCACCUCUACCCCAGUCAGCCUCCACCCACCUCUACCCCAGCCCCACUCCACCCACCUCUACCCCAGUCAGCCUCCACCCACCUCUACCCCAGCCCCACUCCACCAACCUCUACCCCAGUCAGCCUCCACCCCACCUCUAUCCCAGCCCCACUCCACCAACCUCUACCCCACCCCACUCCACCCCACCUCUACCCCAGUCAGCCUCCACCCACCUCUACCCCAGCCCCACUCCACCCACCUCUACCCCAGUCAGCCUCCACCCACCUCUCCAGCCCCACUCCACCAACCUCUACCAGUCAGCCUCCACCCCACCUCUAUCCCAGCCCCACUCCACCAACCUCUACCCCAGUCAGCCUCCACCCACCUCUAUCCCACUCCACCAACCUCUACCCCAGUCAGCCUCCACCCACCUCUAUCCCACUCCACCAACCUCUACCCCAGUCAGCCUCCACCCACCUCUAUCCCACUCCACCAACCUCUACCCCAGUCAGCCUCCACCCACCUCUAUCCCACUCCACCAACCUCUACCCCAGCCCCACUCCACCCACCUCUACCCCACUAACAACACAGGCCAAUACAGUGGACCAACACAGUGGACCAGCACAGUGGACCAACACAGUGGACCAACACAGUGGACCAACACAGGCCAAUACAGUGGACCAGCACAGGCCAAUACAGUGGACCAGCACAGGCCAAUACAGUGGACCAACACAGUGGACCAACACAGUGGUCCAACACAGUGGACCUGCACAGGCCAACACAGUGGACCAACACAGGCCAAUACAGUGGACCAGCACAGGCCAAUACAGUGGACCAGCACAGGCCAAUACAGUGGACCAGCACAGGCCAAUACAGUGGACCAGCACAGGCCAAUACAGUGGACCAACACAGUGGACCAAUACAGUGGACCAACACAGUGGACCAACACAGUGGACCAAUACAGGCCAGCACAGUGGACCAACACAGUGGACCAGCACAGUGGACCAGCACAGUGGUCCAACACAGUGGUCCAACACAGUGGUCCAACACAGUGGUCCAACACAGUGGACCAAUACAGUGGACCAGCACAGUGGACCAACACAGUGGUCCAACACAGUGGACCAACACAGUGGACCAACACAGUGGACCAACACAGUGGACCAAUACAGGCCAAUACAGUGGUCCAACACAGUGGUCCAACACAGUGGUCCAACACAGUGGACCAGCACAGUGGUCCAACACAGUGGUCCAACACAGUGGUCCAACACAGUGGUCCAACACAGUGGAACAACACAGUGGUCCAACACAGUGGACCAAUACAGUGGACCAACACAGUGGACCAACACAGUGGACCAACACAGUGGACCAAUACAGGCCAGCACAGUGGACCAACACAGUGGACCAACACAGUGGUCCAACACAGUGGUCCAACACAGUGGUCCAACACAGUGGUCCAACACAGUGGUCCAACACAGUGGAACAACACAGUGGUCCAACACAGUGGAACAACACAGCAGACCAGCACAGUGGACCAGCACAGGCCAAUACAGUCGACCAGCACAGUGGACCAGCACAGUGGACCAGCACAGGCCAACACAGUGGACCAGCACAGUGGACCAGCACAGGCCAAUACAGUGGACCAGCACAGUGGACCAGCACAGUGGACCAGCACAGUGGACCAGCACAGUGGACCAAUACAGGCCAGCACAGUGGACCAGCACAGUGGACCAGCACAGUGGUCCAACACAGUGGUCCAACACAGUGGUCCAACACAGUGGUCCAACACAGUGGACCAAUACAGUGGACCAGCACAGUGGACCAACACAGUGGUCCAACACAGUGGACCAACACAGUGGACCAACACAGUGGACCAACACAGUGGACCAAUACAGGCCAAUACAGUGGUCCAACACAGUGGUCCAACACAGUGGUCCAACACAGUGGACCAGCACAGUGGUCCAACACAGUGGUCCAACACAGUGGUCCAACACAGUGGUCCAACACAGUGGUCCAACACAGUGGAACAACACAGUGGUCCAACACAGUGGACCAAUACAGUGGACCAACACAGUGGACCAACACAGUGGACCAACACAGUGGACCAAUACAGGCCAGCACAGUGGACCAACACAGUGGACCAACACAGUGGUCCAACACAGUGGUCCAACACAGUGGUCCAACACAGUGGAACAACACAGUGGAACAACACAGCAGACCAGCACAGUGGACCAGCACAGGCCAAUACAGUCGACCAGCACAGUGGACCAGCACAGUGGACCAGCACAGGCCAACACAGUGGACCAGCACAGUGGACCAGCACAGGCCAAUACAGUGGACCAGCACAGUGGACCAGCACAGUGGACCAGCACAGUGGACCAGCACAGUGGACCAGCACAGUGGACCAGCACAGGCCAACACAGUGGACCAGCACAGUGGACCAGCACAGUGGACCAGCACAGGCCAACACAGUGGACCAGCACAGUGGACCAACACAGUGGACCAGCACAGUGGACCAACACAGGCCAAUACAGUCGACCAGCACAGUGGACCAGCACAGUGGACCAGCACAGGCCAACACAGUGGACCAGCACAGUGGACUAGCACAGGCCAAUACAGUGGACCAGCACAGCGGACCAGCACAGUGGACCAGCACAGUGGACCAGCACAGUGGACCAGCACAGUGGACCAGCACAGUGGACCAACACAGUGGACCAGCACAGGCCAACACAGUGGACCAGCACAGUGGACCAGCACAGUGGACCAGCACAGGCCAACACAGUGGACCAGCACAGUGGACCAACACAGUGGACCAGCACAGUGGACCAACACAGUGGUCCAGCACAGUGGACCAACACAGUGGACCAACACAGUGGACCAGCACAGUGGUCCAACACAGUGGACCAGCACAGUGGACCAGCACAGUGGUCCAACACAGUGGACCAGCACAGUGGACCAGCACAGUGGUCCAACACAGUGGACCAGCACAGUGGUCCAACACAGUGGACCAACACAGUGGACCAGCACAGUGGACCAGCACAGUGGUCCAACACAGUGGACCAACACAGUGGUCCAACACAGUGGAACAACACAGUGGUCCAACACAGUGGACCAGCACAGGCCAAUACAGUGGACCAACACAGUGGACCAACACAGUGGUCCAGCACAGUGGACCAGCACAGGCCAGCACAGUGGUCCAACACAGUGGUCCAACACAUGUGAUAUUCAUUUGUCAGCCUUAA